AUGGAUCGAGAAUCAUGGGUAGUCAUGGAAUUCCACCGUGAAAAUCAAAUUAAUGAAGCUCUUGUCGAUGGAAAUGGGAAACAGAUAAAAGUUGGAGGUGUUGUGCAUCCAAGAAAACCACUUUUUUGGAAUACCAUCAAACCAGUCCAAGUCGAUCCUGAAAAAAUUGUCGAUAUUGAACCAGAUGUCUGGGUAUCAGCUUGGAUUGUUGUCAAUUGUGUCGGAACCUCGCCAGAAAAUGCUAAGAUUACCUUUUCAUUCGGAAAUUUCGAUUGUUUUGAUGAAACUCAACAAUUUCGUGUAUCCCAAGCGCCAUGGAACAGUGGUAUUAUUUCAAAGUUUUCAACAGUAAUGGCUGAACCAGAUCCAGCGGAUGAAGAGCUGGAAAUUGAUUGUGAUAAGCCAGAGGCAGAAAUUCGCCCACAAGACCGAUGGGCAGAUGUUGUUUUGAAACAGAUUGGAAUCUACAUUGGCGAUCGUACGGUCGUUUCCAAGGAUUUGCCCCAGUAUGAUUUCAUUGUACCAUUGCGGCAAAAAUUUACAAAAAGAGAGGACGGCUCAAAGGCAAUUUAUCCGCUUUCUGGAGAAUAUGUGUACUUUUGCGCUUCUUGGUCAACAAUACACAAGAAUUUCUUGAUUACUUCAAUGGCUACGGCCUCUGAUAUGAGGCCUCAUAAAGUAACAAAAAUGGGAUUUAUUCGAAUUUCGAUUAUUCAAGAUGAAACGUAUAACGGAUUAUUUCGAGAUUUGAAUCGUACUCUUGGUUAUAUCGACGAUCCAGCUCGAAGGUUGGCACUUUGGCCGUUGUUCUCCGAAAAAUAUACGACUAAUAAAAUUGCCAAGGUGGAAGUUGUAGCUGUUCGAGCUACGGAGAACAAAAUGGUUCGAUAUAGGGUUGUUCGGCGGGUUUCCGAAGAUUCUGACAUGGAGCAGUUUGAAAGCUGGAUACAGACAGAUGAAGAGAGCGUUUUCAAAAAUAUUACUGGAAUUGUUGUUUCGACCGAUGGAACUGUUGUCUCUGCGGUUCUCCCCAACAUUAUAUUCAGUCUCCCCGAAGGAACGCGACCGCAUCCAAUUGGAACGAAUGUUAAGUUUGACGCAAUGCACGAAUCAGGAUUCGAUAAGGAACUAAAGAUUAUUAAAUACAAAGUGAUUGCCGGUGAGACGACAUUGUCUUGCGCUCGUCGAUAUAUUCCACCGAAUGUUCACAAAAAGACGAUGUUGUUGAGAGUAUACCUUUACCGCGUUCCGUCUUCUUCGCAAUUGUUACAUUCACCAAUUUUAGGAUAUGUAGACCGACGAAACAUCAAUAUUGAUGAUUUGGGCCAAAUGUUUCCUGGCUGGGUUAUGAUGUCUCCGACGACAACGGUAGGUCGUCGAGCUUGUACAAUGUUUGAGCUUUUAACCACUUCUGUUGCACCACCAGUUGACGAUGAAACAAUGAAGAGAUCGGCUGGAAGUAGUCUUGCUGGAUCUACACACGGAUCAAGAUGUUCCCACAAUUCUUCUAUUCUGUCUUCGAGAUUUAAUGGUCCCGCAUUCCAAACGAUGCGAUCCUCUAGCGAAGCAUCGUUAGAAGGUUCCGGAUUGUAA